CUCAAAACUUUACAAAUUACACUCAUUUUUGAGAGCCUUCACAACCAUUUUUCCAAUGUCUUCCUCGUGUGCCGUUCUGCCUUCAGCUAGAACAGAGCUCUUCAACCCAGUGCAUGAAAGCAGGUUCAUUGCCCCUACAAGACAAUUUCAGUGCAACAGAAGCAAAUGUGUAAUGAGCAGGAGGGGUUUUGCUUUUAGAGGAGUUGCAGCUUCAGGACUCUCAGUUGUGGGCUCUUCUUUGACUACUCAGCCUGUUGAAGGUAUUGAAAGACUACCGUUCAAACCAGAGGGGUACAAUUUUUGGACAUGGAGGGGUCACAAAAUUCAUUAUGUGGUGCAAGGAGAAGGGCCUCCUGUUGUUCUUAUCCAUGGGUUUGGCGCUUCUGCAUUUCACUGGAGGUACAAUAUACCAGAGUUGGCUAAAAAAUACAAGGUUUAUGCUAUAGACUUACUGGGGUUCGGGUGGAGUGAGAAAGCACUUAUUGAAUACGAUGCCAUGGUUUGGAGGGAUCAAGUCGUGGAUUUCAUGAAGGAGAUAGUGAAAGAACCAACAGUUUUAGUUGGAAACAGCCUUGGAGGUUUUACAGCUUUGGUUGCAGCAGCAGGGUUGCCUGAGCAAGUAAUUGGAGUUGCGCUCCUCAAUUCUGCAGGACAGUUCGGAAAUCCUAAUAGUGAAGCCGAGAAGUCUGAGGAGGAAACAGCCCUGCAGAGGUUCAUCCUAAAGCCCCUGAAGCAAAUUUUUCAGCGGGUGAUACUUGGAUUUUUGUUCUGGCAAGCAAAGCAACCAGCUCGAGUUGAAUCCGUCUUAAAGAGUGUGUAUAAAAAUACCUCCAAUGUGGAUGACUACCUGGUGGAAUCCAUAACAAUGCCAGCAGCUGACCCAAAUGCUGGAGAAGUCUAUUACAGAUUGAUGACCCGGUUCAUGACAAACCAGACCAAGUAUACUCUAGACAAUGUCUUAAGCAAGAUGUCUUGCCCGCUGUUGUUGGUAUGGGGUGACUUGGAUCCGUGGGUUGGUCCUGCCAAGGCCAACAGAAUCAAAGAGUUUUAUCCAAAUACAACUUUGGUAAAUCUACAGGCCGGGCACUGUCCACAUGAUGAAGUUCCAGAGCUUGUCAAUAGGGCUUUAUUAGAUUGGUUAUCAACUUCGACAUGUGAGGCUGAAGCCUCUCUCCAAACAAUUUGAAUACGAAUUUAUACUUGUAAUACCAAUUUAGAAUUGUAAAUUCAUGAAUCAAAUUACUAUUUAAGGUUAUCUCUCCUUCCUUCAUCUUUAUGAUUAGAGUUUUUGAACUUCAA